UAUGCGUAUGCUUGAUUCACUUAAUCACUCCUUCAGCAAAUAUUUAUUAACUUGAGUGCCAGGAGUCAUAUUAGAGAUACAGUAAUGAGCAAAACAGACCUGAUCUCUGCCCUUGAUGAGAUCAGACUAAGCAACACAGGACACAGAACAGACAUGGACCUGUCUCAUUAUAACAUGCAUGAUGUGCAAUCAGAAAAUAUUAGAGUGCCAGGAGAUAGUUAACGAUUAGAGGAAGGAUGAGCCUUUGCACCAUUUUAAGUCUGGUUUAUUUUUUGUUUUGCUUUUAAAGAUUUGAAUUACUUGAAAACAAGAGCAAGAUACACACACACACACAAACACACACAGAAAGACAAUCAGAGAGAACUUCCACCCUCUGAUUCAUUCUGCAGAUAUCUGUAGCAGCCAGUUCUGGGGCAGGCUGAAGCCAGGAGCCUGAACUCCAUCUGCAUCUAUAUGGGUGGUAGGGACCCAAGUACUUGAGCCAUCAUCUGCUUUCUCCCAGGUGCAUUAGCAGGAAGCUGGAUUGGAAGCAAACAUAGGAUUUGAACCCAGGCAUGUUGAAAUGGGAUGCAGGCAUCCCCAGUGGCUGAUUAACUUACCGUACCACAACACUUGCCCCUAAGUGUAGUUUUUGACUCCUGAGCUAUAUGCAUAGAAAGAUUAUAGUCUGAAAAAGAAUAUCUAAAGCCACAAAAAGAAAUUUAUAAAAGGGUAUUGACUCAUUUCUAUUUUGAUAUACGCACAGUACUGGCUAAGGCUUUAUUAUCUCAAAGCCAUGAGAGACAGAGACAGAGCGAGAGAGCAAGAGAGAGAGCAAGAGGAGAGAGAGAGAGAGAACCAGGGCAAAGGAAGAUACUUUGAGAAACAUUCAAAUGUUCUAAGGAGCCAGAGGGAUCACAGCAGCUAAUCUCCGUCAUGCUUUCUACCCCAACACCCCCCUCCCUCUCAUCAUAACUUGUGAUCUUAGAGGCAUGAAAGAAUUUGAGCCCCUCCCCCAGCCUGACCAUCUCUGUUGGCUGCUCAGCCGGCUUCUCGUCAAGCCGUUUGUAGCCAGAGCUGGGGACCACGCAGGAGGUGGUGGGCACCCAGGAAGGUUCCUCACCUAGCGGUCAUGGGCAGCAGCAGUGGGCAGACUGGCACCCACACCUAUCAGUCCCUAGCUGAGGAUCGGCCCUUUGGCUUUGUGGAGCCUCCGAAGAGACCCACGGGCAGACUCAUCAUGCACAGCAUGGCUAUGUUCGGCCGGGAGUUUUGCUAUGCGGUGGAGGCGGCUUAUGUGACCCCAGUCCUGCUCAGUGUGGGUCUGCCCAAGAGUCUGUACAGUACUGUCUGGCUCCUCAGCCCCAUCCUCGGAUUCCUGCUGCAGCCAGUGGUCGGAUCAGCAAGUGACCACUGCCGGUCCAGCUGGGGCCGCCGGAGACCCUACAUCCUGGCCCUGAGCAUCAUGAUGCUGUUAGGCAUGGCCCUGUACCUCAACGGGGACACUGUCAUAUCAGCUUUGGUUGCUAACCCAAGAAGGAAGCUGGUUUGGGCCAUAACCAUCACCAUGAUAGGUGUGGUUCUCUUUGAUUUUGCUGCUGACUUCAUUGAUGGGCCCAUCAAAGCCUACUUGUUUGAUGUCUGCUCCCAUCAGGACAAAGAAAGGGGCCUCCACUACCAUGCCCUCUUCACAGGUUUUGGAGGUGCCCUGGGUUACCUUUUGGGUGCCAUGGACUGGGCCCAUCUGGGAAUGGGAAGAAUGCUGGGCACAGAGUUCCAGGUCAUGUUCUUCUUCUCCGCCUUGGUGCUCACUUUGUGUUUUAUUAUUCACCUGUGCAGUAUCUCUGAAACCCCACUUAGAGAUGUUGCGGAGGCUGUGCCUCCUCAGCCAGCCCCACAGGGACCUCCAUUGCCAUCAGAGGCACUGUAUGAUUAUGGCUCUAUCGAGAAAGUUAAAAAUGGCUACGGAAACCCAGAGCUGGCAGUACAGGGAGGAAAAAACAAAAAUCCCGCUCCACAGACUCGGAGGACGAUGACCAUGAAGUCGCUUUUGAGGGCAUUGGUGAGCAUGCCUGCCCACUAUCGCUGUCUUUGUAUCAGUCACCUCAUUGGAUGGACAGCUUUCCUGUCCAACAUGCUUUUCUUCACAGAUUUCAUGGGCCAGAUUGUGUUCCAAGGGGACCCCUACAGCCCGCACAACUCCACAGAGUUUCUCAUCUAUGAAAGAGGAGUUGAGGUUGGAUGUUGGGGCUUGUGCAUCAACUCCGUGUCUUCAUCACUUUAUUCUUACUUUCAGAAGUCUUUGGUAUCCUACAUCGGAUUAAAGGGUCUUUACUUCAUGGGGUAUUUUCUGUUUGGCCUGGGGACAGGAUUUAUUGGGCUCUUCCCGAACGUCUACUCCACCCUGGUCCUGUGUGCCUUGUUUGGCGUAAUGUCCAGCACUCUAUACACCGUGCCCUUUAACCUCAUUGCCGAGUACCACCGUGAGGAGGAGGAGGAGAGGCACAAGCUGGCCCCAGGAGGGGCCCUGGACAGCAGCGGGCGAGGGAAGGGCGUGGACUGUGCUGCACUCACCUGCAUGGUGCAGCUGGCUCAGAUCCUGGUCGGCGGUGGCCUGGGCUUCCUGGUCAACACAGCCGGGAGCGUCAUUGUCGUGGUGAUCACAGCCUCUGCAGUGGCAUUGAUCGGCUGCUGCUUCGUGGCUCUCUUUGUUAGAUACGUGAAUUAGGUCAAUAAAGAGACAUUGAUCCUACCCUUUGACAGGUGACACGCAUGGCAUAAAACCAGUCUUUUUGGAAAUUUUGCAUCCUGGGGGUCU